AUGGAGCUGCUUGUAAAUGUAAGAAAAUGGAUAGAAGAAAACAAAGCUGCUUUUUUGCCCCCAGUGUGCAAUAAGCUUAUGCACUGUCAGAAGCUGAAUGUGAUGUUUGUUGGAGGACCAAACCAAAGGAAGGAUUAUCAUAUUGAAGAAGGAGAAGAGUUAUUUUACCAGGUGGAAGGAGACAUGUGCUUGAAGAUAAUUGAAAAUGGAAACCGCAGAGAUAUCCACAUCAGAGAAGGGGAGAUGUUUCUCCUACCUGCCAGGAUACCACAUUCUCCUCAGAGAUAUGCAAAUACUGUGGGACUCGUGAUUGAGAGGAAAAGGCUAAACACAGAAACAGAUGGACUUAGAUAUUAUGUUGGAGAAUCAACCAACGUCCUGUUUGAAAGAUGGUUUCAUUGUGAGGAUCUUGGCACACAACUUAUACCGAUAAUCCAAGAGUUUUUCAGCUCAACACAAUAUCACACUGGAAAACCAAAUCCAGAUGAUCUCCUGAAAGACACCCCUUUCCCACUAAAUGCCACUGGAGUCAUGGAUCCAUUUUCCUUCCAAAUCUGGCUAAAUGAUCAUCGUGGAGAAAUAAAUCAGAAGAAAUCCUUGACCAUGUUUGGAGACAAUUUUGAGACAGAGGCUGUAGUUUAUGGACAAGGAGUAAGUGAAGGAAGCAAAAAGAAUACCGAUAUCUGGAUAUGGCAGCUGGAAGGCACAUCUGUUGUUAUUAUGGAUGGUAAAACACUGAGUCUAGCUGCUGAUGACAGCCUGCUCAUCCCUGCCCUGUCUAGGUACCACUGGAAGAGAGCGGAAGGAUGCAUUGCUCUUUACAUUACUCAAGACCCAAUACGCAAAAGACCCUAUGCCUAA